CUCAUUGCCACCACUACGUCGAGAAGUUUAAGACCAGCGAAGUAGCAAUCACAUUCGAUACCGUUUAAAUCUUCUAGUUAUCACCAGGUCUUCUGGAACAAUUAAAUUGAAUUUAAUCUCUUAUUCGCGCGCAAAGAGUAUACCAUGGCCCGAGGCAGCUCGUCAACACAAACGCGCUCUCAGAAAACGAACACUGUUAAAUAUGGUCGGGCGUCUCAAGGUUCAAGUCAAACAAAGCGUGGUACACGCGCUCAACGCGUCGACUCAGAAGAGGAGAAUGAUGGUAAUGCCGAUGCCGAUGGUGCAUACGACGAAGAGAUAGAUGUCGAAGGAGGCGGAGGUGGUGCAAGUCAAGAAGGUGUUGAUAUCAACUUGAAGGCAAAUCAACUUGUUCGGCUGGCCCUCUUUAUGGAGCAUAAACGGAUGCCGCUGAGAAGAGAUGAAAUUUCUAGGAAAGUCUUCGGUCCGUCUUCUCGUGCUUCUCGUUCUUUCAAUCGCGUCUUCGAACGAGCACAAUCCAUCCUCAAUCAUACUUUUGGUAUGGAGCUUGUCGAACUUCAAUCUCGGGCUGCGAUGGAUAAAACCGCUGCCGCUACCGAUCCAUCCGCUUUGAAUGAAGAAUCAGAGGAAGACGACGGAGCGCCUCCUGCCACCCAGGGUAAACGGAGAGGGAAAGCUACCGGAUUGAAAAAGAAAGCACCUCCUACUGGCAGCAAGACCUAUAUACUUCGCUCGAUUCUUCAUUCAACACUGAUCUCCCUUGCGGCCCUUCCCGAUGAGGAAAUCCUUACAGCCGAGUUAGAUGAUGCGUCUGACGAACUAGACGACGAUGGUACUCCUACACCAUCUCAAAUCCAAGGCAGCCGUCGUCCUCGUCGCUCGCAGUCUACAAGUUUAUCUCCUCCGACUUGCACUGGAACCCUCCUAUCCUUCUCUUCCCCUACAUUACCUGCACUCGAGAACGUCGCAGCGCUCGGCAUACAGAAUGUCAUUCUCUCCCUCAUUCUCACUUCUGGACGGCUCAUAAGCGACCGUGAGCUACGAGGAGCGUUAAGGCAAUUACAUUUACCUAUGGGGGCUAGUGUCCCUCUAGGUCGUAGUGCGCAUAAUCACUCGUCUGGAACCGGGGGCAGUGCGACCUUCACGAUAGAAGCGUAUCUGCAAUUGCUCAUUAGGCAAGGGUACAUCGACCGCGUCGUCUCCGGAGAAGCUGGUAAACCUGCCAAGGCCGCUGGCGGUAAACGCGGGCGCCUUUCUACAGCUGGUGGCAAUCUAGAUGGCGAGGAUGGGGAGAAUAAAUACGAAUGGCGUUGGGGUCCUCGAGCGCAUAGCGAGAUUGGAGAGAAGGCGGUACAGGAGUUCGUCGCAGAGUUCAUGGUGGGUAUCGGUAGUAAUGAGGAUGAUCAGGAUGGAAGUGGCAGUAGAGGAGGUAGAAGGUCUGGGGGAAGCAAUAGAGCGCAGGACAAUGCCGCGAAGUUGAAGAAGAUGAUGGACGGGAUUGAGAAGGCUUCCGGAGGGAACAUUGUUGAUUUGAAAUGAUGAGAAAACAUGGGUUUGUGUAUGCUUUUUUUGUUCUUUUGAACGAUCGGUGUGCUUGGUGCGUGGUUGUACCCCAGUUCUUCAGGCAAACCGUCGUAUCCCCGUAUCCCCCUCAUAAUCGAUAUAUAACAAUUCAAACUUCGCGACGUCGACAUAAAUAUUUUGUUCGAAAGAUGAACAUGAAUUAGGGCUCGACUUUCAGAUCGAUGGUAUUGAUUCU